AUGGGACCAGGCCUGGGACAGCAGCUUGGCACCUCCGACACAUCCUCCAGCAGUGCCCCUGGCUCGCCUUCAUCAUUCUGGACACAGGGCCUCCAGAGGCAAGGGCGCAGCCCUGGUCGCCCACGUCCUUGAGGCUCGGCACUGGGCACCCACGCGCCCCACAAGGUCCACUCGGUCCUCGCCCUGGAGGCCUUCAGGUGUCUUAGCUCAGGCCACAUCAGCCGCCUGUGGGAGCAGCUGCAGCAGUUCUGGGCCGACCACUUCUCGCAGCGCUUCUCCCCGCGGCGCCCGCCGCUGCGCCGCAUCUCCUCCAUGUCCACCUUCUACUUGCUAGACCACCGGACGCGCCAGGCCGAGCUGGGCCUCAGCUACGGCGCGCCGCGCACUCGCCUGAGCGACGAGGCCUUUGUGUUCCGCGGCGGCCAGUGGACCACCGAGGGGCAGCCGCGGCGGUCGCGACCGCCGCUGCCCUCACCCAGCAACUCGGGCUGGAAGACGCAGGUGCAGGGGGUCAACAGCCAAUUGUUGCUGGAGGAGAACAACUACCUGAAGCUGCAGCAGGAGCUGCUCAUGGACAUGCUGACUGAGACCACAGCGCGCAUGCACCUGCUGGAGAAGAAGUUCGAUUCCCAGGCCAGCCCGGCGUCUGGGGCGCGCUCCUGGCAGAGGAGAAUGCGCAAACGCGAAGGCGCGAACGCGGUGCUCUUGCUCCAGCCGCGCGCUCUGGAGUCGCGGUGACGCAAUAAAGCCCGUGCGGCGCACGCGCAUUUCGCUCCUCGCUGCCGGCCCCGGCGCCUUCGUAGGCAGCCAAGUGGGGUCGGCUCGGGCUCGCGACCUGCGGGUAGGGACCGUCACUUAGUGCGCGUUAGUGGACGGGUGACUCAGCCGGCAGCCCGUCUCGGGAGGGCGCGAUAGGGCGUGGAGGAAGAUUUCCUGUGCUCUCAAAGAGACUUGGCCAUCCUGGACCUUCAUUUUGUCCUACAGCAGUGGCCUUGAGCUGAAUCGUGGCUGUUACCUCCUGGUGAGCUUCACUCCUUUCUUCUGGAUGCCGGAAGAACACCAUCCGCCUCCUCUGGGGGAGACAGAUGCUGUUCCGAGAGCAGGAGGCGGAAACGCUCCAGUGGGAAGCCCGCCCUUUACCAGACAAAGGGCUCAGAGGGAGCAAUCCGUCUCCGCCGCCGACUCCACUAUUCUGCCCCUGCGAGCCACCAGACCCCCAGACGUGGAGGGGAAUCAGCCCUAUCACUAUUGGCCUUUCGCCACUAGUGACCUCUACAAUUGGAAAGCUCAGAAUCCUAAGUUUUCCAAGAAACCGGCAGGGCUUA